AGUAACUACCUUGGAUUUGUUUCAGAUAUAGUGUAUCUAAGACUAAACUAUCCAAUCUCUUAUGUCUGAGAUAGGUUUGCCUGUUAUUUCUAGCAUUUUGAUAGACUGCAUCAAGGUUUCUGUCUCACCUGUUGUUUUCAAAACAAACGUGGCUCGGGGGUUAUUUCCCUUGACUCUCCCCAGACAAACAAAACUAAAUUUAAUUCUCAGCCAACUCUCGUCCUGCAAAGCUUUUAAUUUAUAUUUAGCGAAAAUGUUUCAUACCAAGCAUUCUAAAACAAAUCGCAAAUACCCCAUGUCUCAUGUAUCAACUGCUGUUAUUCCAAAAGUAGCCCUUGUUGCUGUACCAAAUGCUUUGAGUCCCUCAUGUGGUCAUGAUAAUAAAGGAGCCCCUCUCAUGGGUGCACUGAUGAAUACUUCUAAUAUUGGAAGAAUGUUUGGAUCCCCAGUUCCAUCCCAUAACCUUGACAAUGAGCACGACAGCAUUAUGGAUUAUACAUUAAUGACAGAUGCUGGUUAUUUAAACAUACCAUUUGAAAAAAUCAGUGCUGAUCUUAGAGAUGAAGAAUCAUCUGGGGGCAUAGAUAUGCUGGAUUCAAAACAGGAUUCUGAAAAUUGGAAAUUUAUUCAGAUCCCUGAUCAACAAGCCUCUAAAGAACAGAAAUUUCAGGAAUAUCAGAAAGCAAGUGAAGAAGACACCUUACCAGUAAGAGAUCAUAUAGCUGAUUCAUCAUUUAUGCAAAAUGAAUUAAGAAACAAUGGUAGAUUUGUCGAAGCAACAGACGUGACAGAUUUUCAUAAUGAGGAAGUACAAAAGCAAAUACAGGCUUUACAGAACAGUCAUGAUUCUGAUAAAUCUCGAAUACAACAACUGAAAGCAGAGUUAAAGGAUUUACGAGAUUUAGUUUACAAAUUAAACAGAGAACUGAGUAAAUAUCAAGCGAAAUUUGGUUGUGCUGAAGUCCUAAAAGAAGGUCACAACAUUGUUGGUUUACCAAAUGAAGGUCCAAUUCCUUCGUGGCUUAUUAGUACCAAAUACUUGUCACCUUUAAUAUUUGAAUAUGAAAAACAAACAAGUCAACAAGAAAAGAAUAUUGCAACAUACAAAGAAGAAAUUGAACAUUUAUCAAAGAGAUGCAAAGAAUUAGUUGGUGAGAGCGAUUUAUUGCAUGAGAAACUAGAUAAAUUGACAUCUGGAAGCAGCAAAGUUUUUGAAAGAUCAUUAGCUGAACAGCAGCUUGAUUUGAUCAAAGAAGAAAAUCACAUUUUACUCGAACAAUUAAAGAAUGAAAGACUGAAUACGAAAAAUACUUCCACCAAAUUUUCGCAUGAAUUACACGAGUUGAAUGAACAGCUAAAACUGAAAAAUGAGUUUGUAACCAAGAUAGAGCGGGAAUUCAAAGAAGAAAAGGCAAAAACACGUGACUUGAAAUGUAAUUUAGAUCAAAUGAAAUCCAAAGAUAAUACCAAGAUUCAAUUUGUGGAACACCAGCAUAGUUUAGAAAAAUUACAAAAAGAUAUUGAUGAAUCUAUUGAAAAGCAUAUAAAAGAGAAAGCAGAAUUAACUGCUAAAUUGGAGGUGAGUAUUGAGCUUGGUACCUUAUUGAAAUAUGCUGCCCAAAAUCAGAAACUUUUACACAUUGUACAAAUUUCUCAUAACCGAGAACAACUGUCUCAAGACCAACUGAAGAAAGCAAGACAACACAGUGAUAAUUACUGUGUCUGUUGGGAUAAAGAAGCAAUUUUGCCUCCAAAUAUGUCUCCAAAAAUUCACCCUGGAUCCGAUAUGUGA